GUGUGGGAUCCACAACAUGUUCCCUUUACACUUAGCAGCGCUGAAUGCUCACUCAGACUGCUGCAGGAAAUUGUUGUCGUCGGGACAAAAGUAUAGCAUAGUGUCCUUGUUUAGUAAUGAGCACGUGCUGUCUGCAGGCUUUGAAAUAGACACCCCUGAUAGUUUUGGAAGAACGUGCCUCCAUGCUGCCGCUGCAGGAGGUAAUGUUGAAUGUAUAAAACUCUUGCAAAGCAGUGGAGCAGAUUUUAAUAAGAAGGACAAAUGUGGGAGGACACCUUUGCACUAUGCAGCUGCAAAUUGUCACUUCCACUGUAUUGAGACACUGGUGACAACAGGAGCCAAUACUAAUGAAACAGAUGACUGGGGACGCACCCCUUUGCACUAUGCUGCUGCUUCUGACAUGGACCGAAAGUGUCUAGAGUUCCUUCUACAGAAUGAUGCCAAUCCAUCCAUCCAAGACAAAGAGGGGUACAACACUGUGCAUUAUGCUGCUGCAUAUGGGCACCGGCAGUGUUUGGAACUGAUUGGAAGCAAAACUCCACUGGAUAUACUACUGGAAAAAACCAACAAUAUGUUUGAGGAAUCUGAUUCCACAGCUACAAAAAGUCCUUUGCAUUUAGCUGCUUAUAAUGGGCAUCAUCAAGCGCUGGAGGUACUUCUCCAGUCUCUGGUAGGUCUAGAUAUUAAAGAUGAGAAGGGACGCACUGCUUUGGACCUGGCUGCGUUUAAAGGACACGCGGAGUGCGUGGAAGCUCUCAUCAGCCAGGGUGCUUCUGUCACUGUAAAAGACAAUGUCACCAAAAGGACCCCCCUCCACGCCUCAGUCAUUAACGGCCAUACACCUUGUUUGCGGUUGUUGCUAGAAGUUGCAGACAACCCAGACGUGACAGACGCCAAAGGACAAACUCCACUAAUGCUUGCAGUGGCAUAUGGGCACAUCGAUGCUGUUUCUUUAUUACUUGAAAAAGAAGCAUCUGUAGAUGCUGCUGAUCUCCUGGGAUGCACAGCUUUACACCGAGGGAUUAUGACUGGGCAUGAAGAGUGUGUUCAGAUGCUGUUAGAGAAAGAAGUAUCUAUUUUAUGUAAAGACGCCAGAGGCAGAACACCUCUGCACUUUGCAGCAGCUCGGGGUCAUGCCACUUGGCUGAGUGAGUUACUGCAGAUAGCACUUUCAGAGGAAGACUGCAGUUUGAAAGAUAAUCAAGGUUAUACACCGCUGCACUGGGCUUCUUACAAUGGUCAUGAAAACUGCAUAGAGGUACUAUUGGAACAAAAAUUUUUCCGCACAUUCUAUGGUAAUAGCUUCUCUCCAUUGCACUGUGCCGUGAUCAAUGAUCAUGAAAAUUGUGCAUCACUGCUCAUCGGAGCCAUCGAUGCCAGCAUUGUCAAUUGCAAAGAUGACAAAGGAAGAACGCCCCUUCACGCAGCAGCCUUUGCGGAUCACGUGGAGUGCCUCCAGCUCCUCCUGAGUCACAGCGCACAAGUGAAUGCUGCGGAUGACGCAGGGAAAACACCUCUCAUGAUGGCAGCUCAAAACGGUCACAUAGGUGCUGUAGACUUUUUGGUGAACAUUGCCAAGGCUGACCUGACAUUAAAAGAUAAGGAGCUGAACACGUCUUUGCACUUAGCUAGCAGUAAAGGUCAUGAAAAAUGUGCCUUGUUAAUACUUGACAGGAUACAAGAACAGAGCCUUAUUAAUGCAAAAAAUAAUGCAUUGCAGACGCCUCUCCAUAUUGCUGCACGAAAUGGUUUAAAGAUGGUGGUUGAAGAGUUGCUAGCAAAAGGGGCUUGUGUCCUAGCAGUAGAUGAAAAUGGUCAUACGCCAGCCCUGGCUUGCGCUCCUAACAAAGACGUGGCUGACUGCCUGGCACUCAUUUUGGCUACCAUGAUGCCUUUUUCUCCUUCCAGUUCAAUGACGGCUUUCAACUUCGUUUGUUAUAAAAAAGACAAUUUGGGCAGGACACAUCUCUGCGAUGGCUCCAGUAUGGGUAGCAUUAUCCCUUACAAUAAGCCCUUGAGUAAUAACAUAGGAACUGAGGAUGGGUACAACGAAAAUGAUUCGGAUUCUGAAACAUUUUGA